CACUAUUGAGAUUGUCAGAGACAAAUACAAGUCUAAAACAUGGGUUCAGAAUUUAUUCAUGGAAUUACCUGGUUUUUGUUCUUGGUAGCGAUAUGUGCCAUCAAAGCCAAAGCUAUCAGUGUUAAUGUCGUUAAAUUUGGAGCCAAGGGUGAUGGCAAGACAGAUGAUACCAAGGCUUUCACACAAGCAUGGACACAAGCCUGCAGUGAGAGGCAAAAUAACAAAUAUGUGAUACCAAAAGGAAAAUAUAUAGUUGGUCCAGUUGAUUUUGCAGGGCCCUGCAAAGCAAAAACUAUUCACUUUAAGGUUGACGGAACAGUGCAGUCUUCAAAAAAGCAGUCGGUAACUGGAGGUGCGCACCGUAAUGCGUGGAUUAGUUUCACGCAGGUUAACAACUUGCUCAUCUCAGGAGAUGGCAUUUUUGAUGGCCAAGGAUCUGAAUUCAAUUGUGCUAAAGCUAAACAAUGCGAACAACCGCCUCUAAAUUUAAUUUUCUCUAUGGUUAAGGAUUCACACAUCCAAGGCAUAACAUCGAACAAUAGUGUCGGCGGCCAGAUUGGCAUUUACCGUUCAAGAAACGUGACAGUGGACGAUGUUUCCAUCGGCAUCCGAGGGGGGGAGGGAAUCCUGAUCGAAAAGUCAACAAACAUUAACAUCACCAAUACAGACAUCAAAAUCCUUAGCGACAACUGUGUCACUAUCCUAGAUGGAAACACUGGGAUCAACAUCGAAAAAAUGACCUGCUCACAAGGCAAUGGCCUUGGUGUGAGUGUCCUAGGCAACACUGGCAAAGAGGAGCCGGUUAAUGGAGUGACGGUGAGAAACUGUACCUUCUCACACACUGAGGGUGCAAUUAGGAUCCAGAGUUCGGCGGGUUCUACUGCUAAUAUAGCCAUCUCUAAUUUGGUUUUUGAGGACAUUAUUUUCGACUAUCUUCAGAACAUGGCUAUAGUCUUAGACCAGGAGCAUUGCCCAUCAAAACAGUGCCGAACGCCAAACCCCUCCAAAGUUAAGGUGUCAAAUGUGAGCUUCAAGAACAUUAAGGGCAACUCCGUGGACAAUCGUAUCGUUAUUCUUGAGUGUGGCACUGCGCCCGGCGCAUGUAAGGACAUCAAGUUUAGUGACAUGAGAGUUCUCGUCGUAGGGGAUGACCAUUUGGAGACUCAAUUUAGAUGUAAAAACGUGAAGCCUGUUGUGUCUGGCAAAGUUGAUCCUGCUGUUUGUAAUACACGACCCGUUGCCUGAUAUUAGUUCACGUACGCCAUCUUGACAUCCAAGAUAGAGAAAGAGAUAAAGAAUAUAUAUAUAUAUAUAAUAUGGUAUUCACACUUAAUUGAAUGAUGAGUGGUGAUGUUUUUUGUAAUAACAUCAGCAACAGAAUAUUGCUGCUUUUUGUAAUAACUUUUGGCUUUAAAUAUCGUUUGUUCAGACUAAUCAUGUACUAGUAUUCGUCGGGAACAAAAAUUAGCUCAAGGAGUUUGUUUCAA